AUGACAACGGACACCGCUCAUCAAUACCAGAAGAAGCGAACUCUAGAGGCGUUAGAGCGAAGGUUUGCUCAAGCUUCUGCUGAGCUUCGUCUACAGCAGCGGAAGGACAAGAAGAGACCUCAUGAAGAAAGAAAUAGAGUUGCUAGCAAUGUUAAUUCAUUAUCGGCGAACGCACCAGUCACGUCACACUCUUCGAAUGUCUUGUCCAGAAAAGGUUCCGACGUUGCAAGGAAAACAGGCAGAUCACUGCUCAUAUGA